AUGCCUGUCAAUCCACCGACACCUAAGCCAUUAGCUCAGCAAUUCAUAAUGCAACUAUUGUGCACUCGUAGCGUCUUAUGCACAAAGGUUGAUAAAAAGAAACCUGAAGGCGUAGUUUUUAAUAAAGCCAAAGAGUUACAAAAUGAGGGUAAAAAGUUGGGUGCGGCGGAGCAGGCUAAGAAGCAAGUUGGUAAUUUGGUCACUAAGGCGCUAGAUGCUGUUGUGAGAAUCGAUACAAAUCUCAAAAAGGAUUUGAAGAAUGUUAAAGAAUCAAUAACUAAGGAUAUUGCAGAUGCGAUUACUAGCAUGAAUCUUUUGGGUUUGGAAGGUUUGGUGAAAGGCUAUUUGAAGGAAUUGAAGAGUAAUAUUUUGAAGCUUAAAGGACAGGUCACUGCGAAUCUUGGCAACAGUCUUGUUAAAGGGCAGUUGACACAACUUAAUGACGCCAAAAUAGAACUUUAA